AUGUCAGUCGGUGUGCAAAUAUUGAAUGAAAUGGAGCAGAAAAUUGAGAGUGUUACGCCGCCAAGAACUUGCGAAAUUAAGUUUGUCAUCAAAUCGAUUAUUCCUGUUACGACAGAUUUCACUUCUGUAAUUAAGAAUUCGAAUGAUUCGCAAGAUGAACUUUUAGAGUUUCGUUCGUUAACAUCAAACUCUUUCAAAGUCAAUGGUGGUAAUAUCAUUAAGGAAAAGAGUGAGAAUAAUAAAAGCUACAGUGCUGAUGUGAAAGAGUUCAUCGAGAAGAUUAUGAGUCGUGAGAAAUCUGAAGAGACGACGGAAGCUGACGAAUUGAAAAAUGAUUCGAGUAUGAAAAAUGAUUCGGCGGAAUCGAUAAGUGAGCUUGUCAUUACGAAGAAACAAAAAAUUAAUAGUUUAGAAGGAUCGCCAGCUGCUUUCGGUACGAUGUCGUCAUCAACCCCAAUUAAAGCUGAUCAUCGUAAUAUAAAUUUAGAUAUUUCCGGUGUUGGACUUUUAAGUUUUGCUGAUGAUAAAGUCGAAGCUGGAAAAGAUCCGAAAAAUAAUUCGCUUAAUGAUUCUGACUUUGAAUCAAUGGAUCAAGAUCAGUAUGACGAAUCACUAAAACAAUCAACUAAAGAUACAACUUUAGUUCGUAAUCGAACUUUUAACUCAAGUGAAAACAAAGAAAAUAUCUCAGAAAUUUCAAGAUCAUCGUCACUUUCUGAUUUUAAAAAUGGAUUCAAAAUGAUUUUAGAAGAAACAGUCAAGCGAACACCAUUGGCGAUAAGAAAAGCUUUUAACAUUGAAAGUGAUUCGGGAAGUGCAACCAGUUCAGUAAAGAAAUCGAAAUUCUUCAAUAUUUUCUCGUCGACAAAGAAGUUAAAACGUAAGCAAUCGCCGAGUAAGAAACGUCACAGCAGGAAGUCUACCAGCACCAAGAAAAAAUCUCUUUUAACAAGAGAAAAUCUGCAAAAAUAUCUGCAAGAUGGAUCGCCUGAUAAAGCCACAAUUGAGUGGGGUGACAACUUUGAAUAUUCUUUCAUAUGUGAACCUCCAUCAUCGGAAAUUGAUGAGUCUGAAAACUCCCCCAAUUACAUUUCGUAUAAUGCAUCUCUUGACUCAUCUAUCGAGAUGCUAAAGUCACCAUUGAUUCCCACAUUCAAGAUAGAUCCCCCAUCAGAAAGUGCAUCAAAUACAUCGUCAUAUUUAACGUUACCAAACGACUCAUAUCCACCAGCAUGCGAUUACGUCAAGCAUAUGAUUAAGUGUUCCUACGCAUCAAAACUCCCAUUAUCGACGUCAUUUAGACGAUCAAUAAGCGAGCCAGCGAUCGAGGAUAACCUUGAGACCAACGACGAUUUAUUUAAGUUCACUAUUUCAAAAGCCAACACAACACAAACAUGCGAAGCUUCGAUAAAGAAUUUAACGCAAUUAUCUGGUUUAAAAACAUUCAAUGAAUUUAAAAAAUCUUUUGUUAAAUCGAGUCAAAGUUUUAAAAUGUUUGUAAACGAAUAUGUAAAAAACAUAAAUCAAUGGAAAACGAAACCAAUUGAUAUUGGUAAAUAA